GUCACCUUGCUUUGCGUAAUCCCCAAUACCCACUGAGCUCCGUAGCUGUGUGAGCGGCUGCUACAGCUGAAUCGAGCGGAAUACGUUAGAGGACACAUUUUCAUUUCAGGAGGCUUGUCAGGAGACGCAAUAAAGAUGUGUUAUACUUCGCAGUACUCGGGACAGGAGCCUUGAACUUCCCUUCGAAUCCGUUUUGGUGAAUGUAGAGGCAGUGGAGAAGAUUGACGUAGCGUGCGGUUAUACUGCACGUUGCGGACUUGGAGAGUGAACCAAACAACUGAUGUAUCAAACGUAAUCACUGCACGCAGAUGCACUCAACGUUUGAGAAAAAACGGCUCCAGCGUUGUGACAUUGUUACAUCAUUUGAUCUCUUCUCUGAAUAGAACCCUCUGAUCUCACAUAAUUGUGGUUUCCGGGGGAACGAGGAAACAAGUAUUUGAAGCAUGCAACAUUUUAGCAUUUCAAGAGAUCAUAGCGCAGACCUGUAGACAGGGAAAAUCCAGUUGAUUUAGUCAUGAAGAAGAUUAAAGAAUUCGAUAUCUCCAGUUAUAAUACAAAUGGACAUUAUAGGAAGCUUGGAUCGCCAAAAAUGGAUCCUGAUGACAACAUUAGGGAGGCAGACAAAGACCUCCUGUUCAGUUCUGACACCGCCAGGCCCGGCUGCAGAGCACCGGAGCGCCAUUACAUCGCGGUCGGUGGCAGCUACUCCCUGAACCCGGAAUCCGGGCCCCUCGCAGAGUUCAACUUGACCGGCACCGACCCACUGUUGCCGCGGACUCUGCUCAGACCCCAGAUCUCCGGCUUCCGGGGUUCGCCGCGCAGCGAGGCGGACCCUGUCUUCAUCGGCGCGGUUACGGCCACGGAACUCGUCGGUGGGCAGAUGAGGUACAGGUGCUCCGGCUGCCUGCGGUUCUACGACAACAUGGGGGCUCUGCUGGCCCACAUCGACCACGGCCGGAGGGAGGGAUUCAGCUGCAGGCUGUUCUACCGGAAGCUGAAGAGCAUGCGAGAGCACAGGUCUGUUGUCUCGUUGAACUGCCCUAAGCUCUCCAGCUCAAUGUCCGCCUCACAGGCCUCGGCACCCCGGCCCGUGGACUGUAAUGGAAGGGAGGGCACCCGAGACAAGAAGGAUGCCAUGAUCCAUGUGUGGCUGCAGAACACGGAAAUGACCAUGUCGCUUUACUGAAUAAGAGGUGGUUGGAGAAUUUGUUCAGGUGUUGUUCCAGGGUUGUCUAAGCCUCUAUUUUAUUUGUUUACUCCUCCCAAAGAUUUGAAUAAAUGAAUA